AACGAUAACAAAUCGCAGUUUUAGUAUCGUCGGGAGUCCAAACAAUACUGUUGAACCCUAGUGACGGACAUUUACCGUAUACUUUGCCUCGUCGCCUGAUACCUUGAGUUAAACAUGGAGGUCGGUGGAGUAGACUCUGAUGGGCGCGAAUUCACGAAUGCCACCGAGAUGUGGAAGGAACAUAUCGGUGAAGAAGGUGACUCUCACAAGAUAAUAGAUUGGUACCGCAAUGGCGUCAGUUAUUGGCAAGAAGUGGAUGCUUCGGUGGAUGGUGUACUGGGUGGAUAUGGAGAUGUAAAUGAUGCAGAUAUUAAGGGCAGUGAAGCUUUUCUCAAUCCCCUCUUAGCAGAUUUCUUGCUUGAUAGGGGCAAAAAUCGGCAUCUUGUUGCGCUUGAUUGUGGCUCUGGCAUUGGUAGAGUGACCAAGAAUCUCCUUGUAAGAUACUUUAAUGAGGUUGACCUUCUUGAGCCAGUGCCUCAUUUCCUUGAGGCUGCACGGGAGAGUUUGGUCUGUGAAGGUGUACAUGCUGUAGAUGAUCAUAGGGCUACAAAUUUCUAUUGUGUCCCCCUCCAGGAAUUUACACCAGAACCUGGAAGGUACGAUGUCAUAUGGAUACAAUGGUGCAUUGGGCACCUUACUGAUGAUGAUUUUGUAUCCUUCUUUAAGAAGGCGAAGGCUGGUCUCAAACCAGGUGGAUUUUUCGUUCUUAAGGAGAAUAUUGCCAGAAAUGGUAAGGGCCAUCUUGGAUUCGUGUUAGACAAGGAAGAUUGCAGCAUAACAAGGUCGGAUUUGUAUUAUAAGGAGCUUUUUCAGAGGUGUGGGCUGCAUCUUUAUCAAGCUAAGGAUCAAAAAGGAUUCCCUAAAGAACUCUUCCCAGUAAAGAUGUAUGCACUAACUACAGGAGUGUCCAAUAGAAGUCCAUCUAGAUAUAAACUGCGUGCUAAUAGACCGGGUGUCAUAAAGUGAUGACAUUAUUGAAGGUGGUUUGAAGAUUCAUCAUGGAAAAUUUUCUACAUACCAAAAUUUUCUCCCGAGUACGCUAUAUUUACACUUCAGUCUGUAAAAUUGUGGGGUGGUACUGGAAUGUUGUAGUUCAUGUAUGCAAGAUCAUCUUGUGUGUGGAGAUGAUUUGAAGAGAGUCGAUUGUCACAUGCUUUGCAUCAUGAAGAUUGUUAUCAAGAUUGCCUAAGCGACGCGUUGUGCAUUUAGUGGUGCUUUUACAAGUGACGUUGAUUUAGCAGCUAUUCUGGCAACGCAUUAGGGAGCUUGUGUCUCAUUUCACGUGUAAUUUUGUGUCAAAAUCUAGUGUUAUAUCAACUCGUUAGCGGUAAUAUUUCAAGCCAAUUAGUUGAAAAUCAUGAUACUCAGGAUUUCAAUCCAUAUUAGUGAAGAAGGCCUGUUAACCCAUGAGCUUAUUCCUUCUUAAUUAAUUACAAGUACUAAGUAUUGAUACAUAUCCUUAUAUGGAAUGCAUUCUUAAUUAAUUGUGCUGUAAGGGUAUAAACUCACAACUGAUUAACUUAGUGUACGUUUGAAUCUAAUAUAUGUGGGCUUCGUA